AACAUACAAACAUUAAAAAAAAGAGUAAAGUAUGAAAGAAAAGCGUAACUAUUGACUGUCGUGGCGAAAAUAAUUCCGAUUCCGAUGUUUGGUCAGUGUCGCAGGGCACUGCUCUGCAACCUAAACCCUAAACUAAACCCCUUCACUUGUCUUCAAUCCUUCACUUCCUCUGCGCAACAAGAAGCACACUCCUUCACCUACGCCUACCUCCUCAACAACUGCGGCUUCCCACCCAAGACAGCCUCCCACCUCUCCACCCGCCUCCGCCUCUCCUCCUCCGCCACCCCCGACGGCGUCCUCGCCCUCUUCCGCUCCCACGGCCUCUCCGCCGCCGAAAUCCGGCGCAUCGUCGAGACCUACCCGAACCUCCUCCUCCACAAAAGCCUCCAGCCGAAAUUCAGCUUCCUCCGGUCGAAGGGCGCCACGGACUCGGACCUGGUCCUGAUCAUCACCAAAAACCCUAGAAUCCUCCACUUCUCCCUCCCCCCCCGCUACCACCUCAUCCACCGCUUCACCCUCUCCGACUCCUCCACCCUCUGCGCCAUCAAGUCCUGCCCCAGCAUCCUCUACUCCAACAAUCCCUCUCGCAACAUCGACACCCUCCUCCGCCACAAUGUCCCCCAUUCCAAAAUCUCCAUGCUCCUCCGCUACUGGGCCUCCUCCCUCGUCGCCGCCCACCCCUCCUUCCACGCCGCCGUCCUCCAAGUCCUCAAUCUCGGCUUCAACCCCAACCAAACUCUCUUCCUCGUCGCUCUCCGCGCCAAGCUCGUCAGAAAAUCCCUCUGGGAUAGCAAAAUUCAGCUCUACAAGAAAUGGGGUUGGUCUGAGGAGAUUGUGCUGUCCACUUUCUUGAGGAACCCGUGGUGCAUGCUCGCUUCCGAGGCCAAGAUCGAGGCCAUGAUGGGGUUUUGCGUCAGGGAAUUGGGCUGGGACUCGUUGCUUCUGGCCAAGCAUUCCGUGCUCAUUGCGCUCAGUUUGGAGAAGAGGGUUGUUCCCAGGGCUUCUGUGUUGAGGUUUCUUCUGUCCAAAAGGUUGCUUAAGGAUGUUAAUUGGGCUGCUGCGUUUAUCGCUUCUGAAGAUGUCUUCUUGAAGAAGUUUGUGCUUUGCUUUCACAAGGAUGCGUCUCAGCUGUUGAAGCUCUAUCAAGAGAAAAGAGAUGCUCCCAGAUAGUAGUUAGUAACAUUCUGUACUUUUUACGAGUUUCAAUAAAUUGCCAUUCUUUUUUGCAUUGGUCAUUGGUUUAUUGUUAGUGUUAGUGGUGUGGUUUUUCAUGGUUCAAUGGAAGCUUUAAUUAACAUCUGUGGACUGUUUAGGUAAACAAUUUCAGAAGUACUUUUAAGAAAGAAAAUUAGAAAGGAAAAAUAAAAUAAGUUUCUUCUUAAGCUAAAAUUUGCUUCUCCAAAAUCUUAUCGCGCAUAUUAGUUUUAUCUUAUGAAGAAACUUGUUUUAAUUUUUCUUUAUAUUUAUUUUUUCUAAAAGUGCUUCUGGAUAAACUUAUCCAAGCAUGUCCUUGAUGUAAUUUUUUCCCUGGAGAAUGUGUUUCCAACCAAACACAGGCUUAGGAAUCUGAAUUUUUCUAUUUAAACUUGAUUCUUCAUUGGUCAAAGGGAACCUUGUAACUGUUUAGAACCAAAGUACUUGCCGGAGGAGCCAUAUGGGUUGAUGUGAUUAUAGAUACUUGUUCAUUACUCUUCUA